ACGAAGGGCAGGUAGUGUCUGCAGAAAGCGGCAGGCAGAUGGGUGAUAGGGAGGCGGUGGUCCUUGAGGCCCUGGGCCGGUGUGGGCUCCGGAGCGUGAAGAGAGCCUGGGUGGAGUCUGUCUGGGAUUUGGACUUCACGGAGACAGAGCCUCUGGACCCUCGGGUGGAAGCAGAAAUCGUAGAGAAUGGCCUUGAAGUGUUUAACAACCUGUAUGAGAGCCUCCUGCCUUUUGCUUCUGAAGAUCAGGAGAACACGCGGAGCGCCUGGGUCAUGUUCUCCGAGAAUGACAUUUGCCGGAACUCUCUGGUGGCCGUUCUCUAUCACUUCAUCCAGACGGGAGAGAAGAAGGCAGCAGGGGCCAUGCUGAGAAUGCUGGGCCUCAGUGCGGCUGGGUUGUAUUUCCUUCUGCUGGAAAUCCCAGGCAGUGUUGUCAAUCAGGUAUUUCACCCUGUCCUGUUUGACAAAUGUGUGAGCUGCCUGGAAAAGUGCUGGCCCCAGGACCCAGAGUCCAGCCGGAAAAGGAAGAAAGACACCGUGAAGAGCUCUCAGGGGGACAAUCGUGGGGGAAGGAAGCGACCAAGGCCGCCCCGACGGGAUGACACCGAGAUGAAUGACUUCUCGGACGGGGAGCAGGAUGAGGAGGCAGUCUACUUUUCCACCAAUGACCUGAUGAAUAUCCGAGACUCCAUUGUCCUCCUGCUUAAGAACUUUCUGCGACUUCUACCGAAGUUCUCCCUGAAAGACAAGCCGCAGAGUGUGACGCACUGUAUGCAGACCUUCAUAAAUCUCACCAGCUUUGAGACUGUCCCAGUGGAACUGGCGUUUUCAGAUUCCAUUCCGCUUGACCGGAUGAAGUAUGUGCCGCAGCUGGCUUACCAUGGCUUGUGGUUACUAUGUCUACCCAUACACGGGGAAGGCAAUCAGACUCUCCGCCGUCUUUUCCAACGCCUGCUGAGCGUCAUUAUUAUGGUGAAAGGAGGUGAAGGAACGAAUGCUGCCAUUCUUGCCGUCACUGCUCCAGUCACUGGUGCCAGGAACCAGGCAGUUCGAUUUGUCAGUUUCCUAGUGGAUGAAUUGAAAGAAAUAUCAUUCCCUGUUCUCCGGAUCUUAUUACAGCAUAUAUGUACGAAGGUCCCAGAUAAGUCUGAAUACAGGGUGUCUGCCGCCCAAGCUCUGGUGAAAUUACUAGAGAAGCUUCCAAACCCAGAAUAUGCCUCCUUCAUAGAAUGGUUGUACAAAUACUCCAGGAACUCAAAGAUCUCAUAUAGAGUGUUUGCUCAUGUCACCGUUGCUCUGCUUGAGCUGCCGGAGAGGCCAGUCGAUGCUUCAUUUCCACUAGAGCAGCUGAAGUUUCUACAACACAAGUUCCUGCUGCAGGCCAUGGUGUUCGACCGCUGUUCUGACAAAGCUCCAACUGUGCGCAGUAAAGCGCUCUCAUGCCUGGCGCAGUGUCUAGAUAAAAACGCCACAUCUGUGUCCGAAGGAAUCUCUGAGUUGCUGCAAGGCAGCAGUUGCCGCACUAUUUCGGCAACCACAGUCACUGCUGAGAGUACAGUCAAUGGCACGGAAGCUUCUACCCGCAAGACUAUUGGUGCUCUGAGGACCAUUGAAGUGACAGAUGACGGUGACCCCAUGGGGGCUGAUGGAAAGGAUACGUUGGAAAUGCUGCGGCUAAGAGCUGGAGAUGAGAAGACUAAUGUGAGGAAAUCUGCGCUGCAGGUCUUGGUGAACAUCCUGAAGUACAACCUGAUCCCCUGCAGCUCAGAUGAUCUCGCCACCCUGCAAGACCGAUGCAGAGACCCUGCAGUGUCUGUGCGAAAGCAGGCUCUGACCUCCCUGACGGAGCUCCUGCAGGCCCAACCGCACAGUGUGUUGGUGCAGAAAGCCUGGCUUACUGGGCUGAUCCCAGUUGUGCUGGAUACAGAGUCUUCCAUCCAGGAGAAAACCUUGGAGUGCCUGGACCAACUCAUCCUGCAGGGCAUCAAACAUUACAACCGCUACAGAGAUGAUGACGAGAAGCAGAAACUGACCUGGAACCUUCUGCAUCUACUCAUCACAGAGAGUCAGGACCUCGGCCGGUAUCUGACUAAAGCGUUUCACCUAUGGGCAAAGCAGGAUAAGUUUUCUUCUACUUUAAUCAACAAUUUGAUCUCUCACACGGAGACGGAGCACUCGGCCUCAGCCUGGAUGGUUCUUGCUAAGGUUGCUGGGUCUUCGCCAAAACUGGAUUACACCAAAAUCCUGAAUGCCUGGGACCAGGUGAGAAGAGAGACGGAAGCAAGCUCCAGCGCCACCACCGGGCACAUUCUGUGUGUGAUCGGCCACGUUGCGAAACAUCUCCCUGCAGACAGGAGAACGUUCCUGAUUGAUGAUGUAAAGUCCUGGCUGAAAGAGUUUAAGUGUCCAUCAGAGAUUAUAAGUCCAGCGAUAGAGGCUCUGCAGAAGCUGUGCUACGGUCACCUGGACUCGCCUGAAGCAGUGCAGGAUUUGCUUAAUGAUGUGUGCGGAGAUUUGGUGUCGGUUUGUGAAGAGCACAUCUCCUCUGUCGUGAUGGCCGAUAGCCAGCAUAUUCAGUUUGAUCAGGACUUAAUGGUCCGAUAUCUCUUUACUCUGGGUGAAGCUGCUCAGCUUUGUCCAGCACGUGUAGGGAAACAAGUCAUGCUUCUGGUUCAGUCUAUCCUGGCAUCUGUGCAUCAAGAACAGGACUCCAGUGUCCCUGACAAUGAUGGUGUUCCAGAGUCCCAAUCACAGUCUCAACCACAAUCUCAACCACUGUCCCAGUUCAGAGGGUCCACUAUGCCACCUCUGCUCCGAGCGCAUGCCUUCAUAACACUUGGAAAGUUGUGUCUCCAGCAUGAAGACCUUGCUAAGAAGUGUAUACCUGCCCUUGCUCGAGAACUUGAAGUAUCUAAUGACCUUGCCAUCCGGAACAAUGUGAUCAUUGUCAUCUGUGACCUGUGCAUUCGGUACACCACCAUGGUGGACAGAUAUAUCCCUAAUGUGUCUGUGUGUCUCAAGGACAGAGAUCCUUUCAUCCGGAAACAGACACUGAUCAUGCUGACCAACCUUCUUCAGGAAGAGUUUGUAAAGUGGAAGGGCUCCCUGUUCUUCCACUUUGUCAGUGUCCUGGUGGACCCAGACCCGGAUAUUGCCAAGUUUGCAGAAUUCUGCUUGGUUCACCUUCUUCUGAAAAGAAACCCAGUCAUGUUCUCUCAGCAUUUUAUUGAAUGCAUUUUUCACUUUACUUCUUACGAAAAACACGACAAGUACAACAAGUUUUCACAGACCGAGAGGGAGAGGAAGCUGUUCUCCCUGAAAGGAAAGGAGAACAAGGAGAAACGCAUAAAAAUCUACAAAUUCCUGCUGGAGCACUUUACAGACGAGCAAAGGUUCAGUCUGACUACAAAGAUAAGCCAGAAUGUUUUAGCUUGCUUUGUGGAUGGCGUGUUACCAAUUGACAUUGAAGCCAAUGAACUGCUAUCCGACAUCUUUGAAAUCAUGAGCUGCAAGGAGAUCAAGUUAUCUGCAAUGAGGUCAAAACCAGGGGAGGAGACUGUUGGAGGAGACGACGAUGAAAUGGCUAUGGCUAAUGCUGUAAUGCAAGUGGCACAAAAGAAACUAAUUUCCCAGGUCCAAAAGAAAAACUUUGUAGAAAACAUCAUCCCCAUUAUUUCAUCUCUGAAGGGCUUAUUGGAGCAGCAGAGGAUCCCUGCAUUGCGGGACCUCAUGAAUUACUUGCGGGAGAUGAUGCAGGAUUACCGAGAUGAGAUCAAAGAUUUCUUUGCUGCCGAUAAACAGUUGGCAGCAGAGCUGGAGUACGACAUGAAAAAGUACGAGGAGCAGCUGGAGAGGGAACAAAACGAGCAGAACAAUGUGAAUUCUUCCACCGCUGCUGCAUCUAGCAGUCCACAGGCCUCUGCUGCCAGUGGUUCACCCCAAACCCCAACUGCUCAUCGGUCCCCUCUCCAUACUAUAGGCGAGGUACCUGGAGGGACUCCCUCUACACCCAUUACAACACCCAGGGUUGGCAUCCUUGCUGGCCAGGUUUCUCGUCCAAGGCAAAAGUCCCUCAGCACUCUCGCCAUCCUUAAUUCUGCAAGGAAAACAGUGGAAAACUUAAGGAAGGAGAGGAGCAAGAGCAUUGGGGCGAAUCCAUCAACACCACCCCCAUCCAGCAGCAACAGCAGUAAGCUGGUCUCAUUCCGCAGCUCCGAUCAGCAAUCUAAUACGUCACUUGACGAAAGAGCGAUCAGUACUCCAGAACGAACUAUUAAUAAUGUAACUUUUGGAGCCGGAGUAAGUUACAUUAGUGCAAACCAAACGCCAACCUCUGAAAGAAGUCUAAACCCCUCACAUAGGCAAAAGCAAGAUGUCCUGUGUGUCAUGUCUCCAGACGAGCCAGCGCCGCAACCACGAAAGUGGAACGUGGAGUCGCCAGUGCAGAGAAGAAGUACCAGGCGGCAGCCAUCGGGGCGAGCUCCACUCAAACCAGCCAACUAGACGGAGGGGUGUGGGUGCUUUGGCUGAUGCACUAACAGUCACCUUUUCUGUACAUAUUUCUAUGUAUGACACUGCUGAACUCUUUGUAUAAUAUUGCACUUAUCCUGUAAACCAUGUUGCUAAACUUUUUAAUUACACCCUCUCCCCUCAUUUUAUAUAUAAAUGUUCAGAGCUGGAGCCAAAUUCUUGUAAUCACUUUAUAAUACCAUCUGCUUAUUAAAAGGCUUUAUUGU